CUUCACGGCUUCACCCCCGUUUGGAGGAGGGAGCGAACCAGGCCGUCAGGCUGUAAGAGACACCAGCACGUGCUCGCUCCGACGCCUCGUGUCCUGCCCAAGCUGGCCGAUGGCGGCCGCGGCGCCGGUGUACCGGCGGGUGCUCAAGGCGGUGCAGAAGCACGUCGGCGGGGGCGCUUCCAACCAGCACUUCCGGGACUUCGUCGCCGCCGAGUUCCGCGCCCCCGCCGGCACGGAGGCCGACGCCAGGGCGAGGCUGCGGCUCGCCGGGGACUACGCCUACCUCCUCACCAGCGUUCAUCACCACAAGGACCUGCUAUUCUCAUACAACAUUGCUGUGGACCGAUCUGAUGAAAUGAAGAAGAUAUUGAACAAAUCUGCUGCCAGUGUAGGCCUUCAACUUCCAGAUGUCUACCAGCCUUGAGGGCUUCUGUUGUGCACGUAUGUGUGACCCAUGACACUGUCUUUAGUCAUGAGACUUUUGCUUUGAGUUGCAUAUUAGUUGUCCUGCAAAGUUCAGCUUGUUAAAUGUACCUUCCCAAUAAGGAGCGCCUGCUUUGGAUUGUUAAUGAUGUCUUGUUCCAUGCCGUAUGAGAGAUCAUUGCUUUCCUUCUGUAACUGACAAAGCAUCUAGAAUUCUAGAUUGUGUUACUUCUUUGGUUCUUCC